AUGGAUCUUAGAAUAGAUGAUCAAGCACGCAUACGGCAUCGUUCCAAUUUGGUUACGACUAUUUCUGCCGUCACCGUUCGGAGCAUCGCUUUGCAGCAGUUUGAUCUUGUUGAAGCUAAGCAGGCAGACCUAGUGAGACAACGGGACGAUAAACUACUUGCAAAGGAAGCUUCAAACAGUUUGCAUUCACUCUCUCAAGAGAAGAUCGACUCAGAUCUUGUACUAGCUUGGAUUGAUAUCUCUUUAAACUACGUGAACAUUCUCAAAUUUCUUUCCGACAACCAUUACUUUGACAGCGGGAAACAAAGAGAAAUAUUGGUCGAAUUAUACUGCUACAACUACAUAGUUCUUCACUAUGUAUUUCCCAAUUUAAAGAUGUGCCACGAAGAUCUGCUGAUGGUUGAGAAUCUAAGUCAACUGUCACAGCAGUUUAUCAUUACCCCUAGUUACAAACAAGAUCUCCAAGUGCUUGUUAAGAUUUGUGAUGAACUGAUUGAUCCUAGAAAGCUCAAGUCCACUCCUUCCGAUUAUUAUCCUACCGAGGAUGACACUUCUUCCAUACCUACAGGUGAAGUUACCUGCAUAACAGUGGAUGAGAUCUCAAAAUUACUCGAAGACGAACUGAUAUUGAUUGAUCUGCGAGAAUUUAAGGAGUUCAUUAGGAGUGUAACUACUCCGGGCUUUACCUUGUCCAUAGUGAAUGUUGAUCCUAAACUUGUUAUGCGUUCGUUGAACUUUGGACAGGUUUUAGAUGGCAUGAGAACGGGGAAUAUUGACUCUUUCAGGAAGAUGACUGGCAUGAGGACCUAUGCUUACGUCAUUUAUUAUUCGGGGAAUCGCCAGGCAACUAAUUUAGAAAGGAAGUUUGAUUCCUUACUUAAGGCUUAUCUUUUGAACUUUUCUACUCAGGUCUUUUGGCUCCAAGGAGGCUAUUCGUCCCUUGAGUCGAUGCGAGGUAAGGAAAAUAUUUCUAACACAUUCGAUAGAAAGCUAUCAUAUUCUGACACUUUUGAUGAAUAUACUAAGCAGGCUUCUUUGACUGUACCAGCACCCGCUCCUUUGGAGAUGCCUCCGAUUCCACAGGGUUUACAGCAGCAGCGGCAACAACAACAACAACAGAGGGUCUUCAAUCAGUCGCCUCAAGUACCUCAUCCCUCGACAUUGAUACCAGUGGGUUCUGUAGGAUAUACAGGAUCUAUGGGACCUCCCAUUGUUCCGUUGGUUGGCCUCUACAAUUACGGAAGCACUUGUUACGUGAACUCGAUGCUUCAAUGCUUAUUUACUACUUCCUACUUCCGUAACUUGUUCAUGAAUAAGGACAAGUUCAUGACAAUUCUAAGGAACGAAAAGAACUCUCUAUCGUUGUCUUUCCAUCAGCUUUUUGUGGACUUCUUCCAGGCUAAUGGAUAUUAUGUGGUGAAACCCGGAAGGUUUCUUAGACAGUGCUCGAAUUUGAAGCCUAAUUUCAAUAUUCCCUACGAACAGCAAGACACUUCUCAAUUUUUGUACUUCCUUAUGGGAAGAUUACAUGAUGAACUAAAAAUAGAAGAUACACCUAGAAACAGGGAAGUGUUUAGUACGAGAGAUAAUGAGACAGAUCCAUUUUCAAUGUAUUCUACUAGAAAUGAAUACAGAAAAUGGCAUGACUCGAUGAUGAAGAACGAAGGCGUGUCACCAAUAAAUGGAUUGUUCCAGAUUCAGCAGGAAACCUGCCUGAAGUGUGGUAGAUGCGGAUACAAAUCGUUCAAUUAUGAUUAUAGCUCGAUGAUGCAUCUCAAUCUCAACGGAAAGGAGUAUCAUUUGAACGAUCUUAUUAUGAAGAAUCUUACAGUGGAAGAAAUCAGUGAAAGAUUGGGGAACGCAUGGAACUGUCCUGCAUGUGAAAAGAUGGCUAAGAAGCUAAAGUUCCUAGAGAGUCGUUGUAUGGAUAACAUGGAGAUGGAGAGUGACAAUUCGAACGAUUCUGAGUCGUCUUCAGGAAGAAAGAGGAACUUCCUCAAGUUAAAUCGGAAGGAAAAUCCUAAAAAUAGGCAAUCUGGCUACUUGGAGGCUACAAGGAAUCCCGAGUCAUUGGAUGGCAGAGAAAAAGAAGAAUACUCAAAGCUCAAGUCUGUGCUUUCUAAACCUAGCAUUGCGUUCAGAUCAACUGCUUUCAUCAAGCUUCCAAAAGUACUCAUCAUAUAUUUGGCAAAGUUUGAUCUUUACCAGAACAAAUUGAACAACAUCAAUCUUAAAUUCCCGAAAACGUUGAAAUUUAAGCUUUAUAGGAAUGGAGAGGGGGUCAACUAUCAGUACAAGUUGAUUUCAUGGAUCGAUCAUUUAGGAAAUUCGAUAACUUCGGGUCAUUACACGGCGGUUAUCAGUAGGGAAAAUCGCUGGUUUUAUUGCGACGAUGAGAAUAUCAGGGGAGUUAACUACGAUUCUGUGAACGAAAUAGGAGAUCCGGACGCAUAUGUGUUAUUCUAUGGUUUGAGAUAG